AUUGCUGGGAAUGGAGUACCUUUACAGCCAGACUGGCAAAACACUUACUCCAGUGCUCCAGAACCCAGAGGAGGAAGACAGGCUGGUGGAGGAAGUUGAUGAUCAGGACCUGCAAGAUGAGGGGUUUGAGGAAGAGAUCAUGGAGGACAUCACAGUUCCAGUGCUGUAUGAGGAUGACCCUUGCCGUGAUCUUGAAAACAGCCCCUCAUCUUUGCCUUUGCAUCAGUCCCCAGCAUCGAUGGCUGAUGUGUUACUGGCUGAGCCGUCCACAUCAUCAUCUCCUGGUGGAGAACGACAGCAUCUUGCCCCUGCCCAUUCAGUGCUGUCACAGCCAUCUGACACUGGAAGCAGUAUUUCCGACGAGGCUCAGGGAGCAGUCAUUGGACCCGAUGGCAUCGCUGGGUGGGACAAGGUCCUGGAUUUGGCUGGUUUCCUGGUGGGUCUUCGUGAGGCUCCUUACCUUACUGACCAGCAGGUGACAGAGGCCAUCCAGCUGUGGAAAGCUCUCCUAGAUUUCGAUAAACAGCGGGUCAACUAUCAGCCUCGACAUCAGCCUCAGCUGACACAUGGGCGCUAUAAGGCACCGAAGCGGUCUGGAGUCACACCAGGUGUGGAGAGUGUAAAACGGUGUCUGAUUGGACAUCCUGGGGGUCCAGCGCAGUGGCCUGAUGCCAACCGCUUGGUUAACACCAUUUGUAUGAAGCUUUGUGCUUUACACAAGUCGUCAACCAAGAAAGAUGGAGUUUGCAUCCCCAGGUGGUCUAAAGUUAUUUCAGAUUACCACCACAUCCGAGAGUUGGUGGUUAACAAUCCAACCCUGAUGGAUGAAACAACGAUCCAGCUGUUUGAGAUAAACCAUAGGACACUCACUCAGUGGUUUCGUAAGUGGAAGAAUAGACUGGAAAUGGGCGUCCUCGGUCAGGGUCUGACUCCAUCUAACCCAAUUGCUGUGGCUGAUACACACCUGCCUCCACCGAGGGAAAAAUUGAAUGAAGUACCAUCAACAUCAGGCCCAAAACAUCAAUUUUUCCUUCCACCAAAUCGUGGAGGACAGGCUCCUCUUCUGCGACCAGGUCGAAAGCCAGCUGCUGCCACCAGGGAGUUUCCCAUCGCACCUGCCUCCACAGCAUCAGGAGUUGUGCAGCCCAUUUUAGCACCCAUCGCACCUGCCCCCACAGCAUCAGGAGUUAUGCAGCACAUUUUAGCACCGGGGUUGUCGUUUGGCACAGUAGUCUUUAAUCCAGACAUGACUGUGUCAGUGGUGAUUCCACCUUCUGGUGCUUCGACAUCCAGUGCAGUCCCAGCUCCCCCUGCUCCGGCGUCUGCUGCUCCUGUGUCCCGUUACACCCAAAGGAACAGGCGCCGACGGGCUGUGGAGAAUGAAAGUGGUGUCCAGAAGAGGAAGUAUGUGCGAGGGGUUACUUUUAACACGUGCAGCAAAUGUGGGCAGCCCAAAACGAAAGAGUUUGGCCAUAGCCGAUAUGGUAAUGCCACAUUUUGUUUGCGUGCCUCAAAUGGCAAAUCUUUAGAGGAAUGGUUGGCAGAGCAGCGCCAGCAAGAAAGAUGUCAAACUCCACCACCUCAAUAAAUAACAUCUUUCCUGUAUAUAUUGUACAUAUUUGUGCGUGUGUGUGUG